UCCUUAUAACAAUCCAUUCUACGCAAUCUCUUAACACCCAACACCCUCUGAAGCUUUCAUCUCCCUCUCCCUCUCAUCCAAUUCCGAUGGAUGUUGCAGGCAAGAUCCUGAGAAGAUCAGUUCAUGGUUUCCUUCAGAACUAUCACUAUUUCACCUCUGUUUCUGCUUUCAUGGUUCUCCCUUUCUCUACUUCUUUUCUGCUCUCUCAAGCUCUUGUCCCUUCCUCCUCUUCUCUCUUCCCUCAAAUCUCUAAUCGUUUGACGACUCUGUUCGAUGCUGCAGGAUUCCCUUCUUCUUCUUCUUCAAAAAUGUUUGGCCUUUUCAGCCUCAAGGCUUCUGAAACCAUCGCUUCCUCGAUAUUCACCCUCCCCUUCACCCUCACCUUCCUCAUCAUCGCUAAAGCUUCCAUCUUUCAGGCUCUGAAACAUCCCUACAAGCCAGCUCCCUCACCUUCUUCUUUUACUUCCAUGAUAUCUCUUUACAAACCGCUCCUAAAAACCUGCAUUAGCAGCUCGUUAUUGAUUAUCUCUGCCAUUGCAACCUCGUACUGUCUUCUGUUUUUUGCCCUUGGUGUGGUCGAAGGAUUUGACGCCACUUCCCCUGAUACGCUUUUCUUGGUUACAUCAUGUGGGGUGGUUCUCUUCUCUGUUUUUCUGGCCAAUGCACUCGUCAUCGGCAACAUGGCGAUGGCUCUGUCUGGCAUGGAAGGACAUGGGGGGUAUUUGGCGGUUCUUAAGGCUUGUGUUCUUCUAAGAGGAAGAACAUCAAUGGCUUUGUUGUUGGCUCUGCCCAUGAACAUGGCUCUGGCUGCCAUUGAAGCUUUGUUUCAAUUUCGGGUCGUCAGAGCAUAUCGUACUGGUGGACAGGCAGAGCCUUGGAUGGCUUCAGAGGCGAUUUUCAUUGCUUACUUGUACUCAAUCUUCGUCGUCCUUGAUACUAUUGUAGCUUCCAUGUUCUACAAAAAUUGUAAGACGAGGUCGUGGAUUGAUGACGUAGAUGCAAAAUUGUUGGUCAGGAUUGAGAUUUCAGAGAAGGACAGUUAUGAGUUCGACAGAACCAAAAAUUUCGAAGAAUUGCCCUGAAAUAUAAGGUUAGGAUGAUUAUUGAAGUAGUCAUCCAGGAUGUUCUGUUCUGCUUCUUGAAGGAUAAGAUAAAGAUGAUGAUGAUGAUGAUGAUAUUUUAUUUUUUUAAUAUAAUAUUUAAAAGUAUGUAUAGAA